AUGGUUCCCUUUGAGCACGGUAGGCGUGGCAUUCACAGGUUUGGCAGCAGUUCCACCAUGGCGGAUGUCUUCGAGGAGGACGAAGAGGAUGAGGACGGCGCCAACAAGAGCAACGAUUCGUCUGCGGAUACCACACCUCAAGCCACACCAGCGAUUGAGAAGGGCGAGAAUGCCUCCAGUGUUGUAGUGUCCUCGGCAUCUUCUCAAAGCAGCUCUCACGGCGAACGGAGCAAGCUCUCCAUGGAGGUCACUUACAGCAGUGAUACUGAGAAGAAGCAACCCAAGGUCAGCAAGACGAAGCGACUAAGCAAGAUGGUGCAGUUUUGGAAGCCCAAGCAGAACGCCUCGGCGUAG